UGGGACUGGCUGUCUUUGCAAAUGAUUUGCCAUCAGACAAGUAGAAUACCAUUUGAUGGUGUCACUUUUGUGAUUGCUGGUGUUCACCUUCCAUUCCCCGCCUAAUUUUAUCCAGGACCGACUAGUAUAAAAGAGGAGGGUGCUUUUCUACUCUCCUUCAGACGACAAGGCAUAGCUACGAGAAAGAAAGUCUUGUUGGAGAGGGAGGGAGAGGAAGCUCCGACCCACCCAAACCCAAAGGGGUGCGAAGAGGCAGCAUGGAGCGUGCAGGGGAAGAAGAUGACACAGGGAGUGGAAGCAGGAGGAGGAGCAGGAGCAGGGGUGGAUCAGAUGCAACGUCGACCAUGAGCGACGGCGGCACCACGGCGGUCAAGCAGCACCAGGCUCUGAGGCUCGUGGAGGACCUCUCCCUCCCUUCGGUGCAGGUGGUGGUGAUGAGCGCCAACAUGGGCUGCUCCCACUGCCGACAGCGGGUCACCAAGGUCGUCACCAAGAUGAACGGGCUGCUGGAUUACAUGGUGGAUUUCGGGAAGAAGGAGGUGACGGUGAGGGGCACCGUAAUUCACACCAAGAAGAAGAAGAGGAAGAAGCAGCAGCAGUACAUGAUCACUGGGCUGGAGAAGGUGCCGCCUGCUAACAUGGGCGCCAGGACGCUCUCCUGGUUUUUGGGAUGCUACGGUUCAUAGCUAGUAGUAGUACAAAGCAUAGUAGUAUACUGUUAUGUACAAGUAGUUGCUUAAUUGUUAUUAUGUGUUUUUAGUUACUCUUUCUUUAUAAUUUUUCCUUGGAAAUAAUGUAUGCCGGUGGAGUGCUAGUGGUAACUAUUGUGUAUAUCAUGUCCUAUAAUCUCAUAUUUGCAAAUUGCAAGGUGCUAGAACACACAUUGCAGGCUUCUACAGUAGUACAUUUUUGUAUGUGGGCCUUCUCUUCAAAUAUGAAAUGGAACCAUGAGG